AUGGUCCGCCACAAAAAGGAUAACUUCGGCUCUCGCGGCCGCAAGAAUCACAACUCAGGACCCCCACGACAGCGCCAGCCCCGGAGUGGCGACGAUACCGAAGCCCCUACCUCCCGUCCUACUUUCAAAGCCGCCUGCUGGGACCUGGGUCACUGCGAUCCCAAGCGAUGUUCUGGCAAGAAGCUGAUCCGCAUGGGCAUGAUGCGCGACCUUCACGUUGGCCAGCGUCACAAUGGAGUCAUCAUUACCCCCAACGGUAAGCACACCGUGUCUCCGGCCGACCGCGACCUCAUGGAGCAGUACGGCGCCGCCGUCGUCGAAUGUAGCUGGGCGCGCAUGAAGGAUGUACAGUGGAACAAAGUCGGGGGAAAGUGCGAGCGUCUGCUGCCCUACCUGGUGGCUGCGAACACGGUUAACUACGGCAAGCCGUGGAAGCUGAACUGUGUCGAGGCCUUGGCUGCGGCAUUCUACAUCUGCGGGCAUCCCGAGUGGGCGGAACAGGUUCUUGCACCUUUCUCUUAUGGCGAGGCGUUCUUGGAGAUCAACGGAAGUCUGCUGAAAAAGUACGCGUCGAGUGAGGACGAGAAGGGUGUAAAGAGGGUUCAGGAUGAGUGGCUGGACAGGCUUGAUAAGGAGUACGCGGAGAGCAGAGAGGAGGGCGACGCCGAUGAUAUGUGGAAGGGGGGAAACACAAAUCGGAGAGCUAUACCAGAUUCCGACGAAGAGGAAGAGGAAGAUGACGAUGAGGACGACGAGAGCGGAGAGGAGCCCGGCGAGGGCGGCAGUGUCGACGGCAUAUACCUAGGUAAGAAGCCCGCGAAAGACCAAGAGGAAGUGGAAGAAGACGAAGACCCAUACGCCAUAUCAGAUGACAGCGACGACGAUGCAGCCAUGGAGGAGAUCCGUCGUAAGGUGCUCGCAUCAAAGACAUUCUCGAACCCUUCAGCAGAGGAGAAGAAAAAGCCCGAGGCGAUACCACGGCCGCAGACCCUGAAGCCGGAUUCGGAUGUUGAACCGGACUCGGACAACGGGGAGGAUGACGAUGAUUUCGACAACAUCAUCAACGCCACGCCCGUCACCGAUAAGAUCGGUCUGGCCAAGCUCGAGAAGGAGCGGUCGCGGUCAACAGUGACAAGUAGGACGUUCUCGUCAAGCACCAUCUCUGCACCAAAGCGAUGGUAA